CAUUCGAAGCGGACGCGUUUCUCCACGUCAUUCAGUGCUAGUGCUAAGACAUUGUGAUAGUACGGAUAAACGCCUAGAAUCGCGCGUCAACGAACAAAAUCUCUUGGCGCUUUUGGGGGCACAAUUUUAACGGCCGCGGAAAAGGAAACAACGGAAAUAGUUUCGGGCCGCGGACAGUUGAAGCCGUUAAAGUUAAUUGUCCAUAAUAUCCGUACUUACUCUUUGAUUCGGCAAAGACACCGUUUAAUGCCUGGUCUGGUCCUCGUUUAAAUAAAUAGAGGAGUGUUGUGCUGUGUUCCAAAUGUGACACGAACGCGAAAACUUCCAAGAAUCGCUGGCUUCGGAAAGCUCAGCGAAAAGAGCGAUCAACUAGCGGAAGCAAACACAAAUCGUUGUCGAGCUUGCAGUUUUCUAUUUUCCGUUACCCAUUUUCAUGUCACUUGUGUUGUGGCUACAAAGUAAUUUUGUGUUUUGUUUGGUUCUGUUAUCAUUUUUUUUGAGUUGCAAGCAGAUAAAAGAUAAAAGAAGAUGUAAACGGUAAAGGGCGGAUCCCACUACUAGCCAUCGAACCCAUCGAACAUUUUCGCGGGGUCGCAGCCGCCACCGGUUAAUUAGCGGGGCUAAUCACCGCUAAAUAACCGCUGAAAAGCUUUGGCCGUUCUCCAUCGCCUGGUCAUGCCUCAUCACCAUCAAACGAACAGCCAGAACAAUUUGACAUUUUUAAAAUCAAAUUACAAAUUCAAACGCAGAAACAUGACGACGAUCCGCGCACUUCCUGUGGCCACCGCAACAGCGGAAGCGCGUACACCACCGGACCAAUUAGCGGCAACAACAACAAUGUCAAAGACGUCAACAGCAUCAUCACCAGCAUCAGAAUCAGCAGUAGAAGCAACAGCCGCAACGGCAGUGGCAGUGGCAUCGACGACAACUACUAGCCACAAAAGUAGAACAAUUCUAAGUUUAUUUAUAGUAAUCGCAUGGAACUCUCUGCAAGAAUCGGCCACUGACGGGAAUGACGAUGGCCGUGACGUCAAUGUCCGAGUGAGACAUAUCCGCACGCCUGGUACUCGCGAUCCGAAUGACAAGGUGUCAAUGGCACGUGAACACCAGCGGAAUAAGCAACAGCAAAAAGGCAUACAGAAACACCCAUCUAGUUCUAGUCUACGUCUACAUCGGAGAGGGAGCUACCUGAGCCUGAGAGCCACAUCCCAGGCGGCGUCAAUGGCUCUGUUUGCUGCUGGAUUGCUGCUACUGCAUAUGCGCCUAGCGGCGGCUGGCACCUGCUGGCAGACCCCCCUGGGCAGCGGAAAGUGCAGCCAGAUCUUCUCUACGAACAUAACCAAGGCGGAAUGCUGUGGCGGCGCCAGCCAGACCUUCUCCUACACCGAUCGCGAGCUGAGCAGCGUGGAGUACUUCUUUGCGACGGCAAUCGGAGGCGGUGUCGAGUGCGCACCGUGCAUUGAGAACUGUAAAGGCUUCAAAUGUGGGCCAAACAAAAAGUGCGUCAAGCGCAAAGGAAGGCCCAAAUGCGUCUGUGCCCCCGAGUGUGGGGCAUCGCGUCGAAGACAGCACCAGAAGCUAUGGAAGAAGUCGCCGGCAGUGACAGUGCCACCGCGUGGCUCACGUAGUCUAAGUAGCGAAAUUAUCAACGACAACCCCAUCGCUGACAACCAAAGAAAGCAGCGCCACGAACUCGAACAGGAAAGAACCCAAGAAAUGCAACAGAUUGUACGGCGCCAGAGUCACAGAAAGGCGCAGGUCGAGACGAAGCACAGAAGACUUUUGAUUAUAGACAGCAGCAACAGUAAUAGGAAUUCGCAAGAGCAGCCCACGACCAGGCGGAGCGGCGGCAGAGUGGAAAUGACGGGCUAUGAGAGGCGCAGACACAGAAAUAACCAAGGCAAACACUUAACAAGAUCAAUGACGACAGGAGCCAAUGACUCGUCCAAAGCAGACAAGACGCCUGCGCAGGCGACACUCUCUGUCGCUGUCUCUGUCUCUGUCUCGACUCCAGCUCCGGCUUCGGCACAGUCUAGACACAAGUUUGCAAAUGCUAAUGAACCCGCCAACGACAGCAAUAGGCAGCACCAGAAGCUAGACAAUGCUCCGGUCAGACACCAGCAAGCCAGCUCCAGUACCAGACGCGUCGAGCUUGCACCAAAUCAUGACAAUGGGCCGCGAGGGCCGCGGAGGCAUCGGCCCAAACACAGGGCCGGCAAGGAUCAUCAACAGCACGAGCAGCGCUUUGGAGAGGCCCCAGCAGAAGUGGCUGAAGCAGAAGCUGCAGCUGAUGCGAGCACCGCUGCAACAUCUACGCUGACAGCGAAUACCACAAUGUCUGGGGCACAGGCGCAGGCGCAGCGUCGUCUGUACUUGGGUGAACACGGAAGUGAAAUGACUGCGUCAUCGGCUGUUGCCACGGACAGCCACAGCAUCAGCCAUGGCCACUUGGCUAAUGCCGGUGACUUGGCUUUUCUGGGUGGAAUUUAUGAGCCAGUGCUGAUGCAGCAGCAGCAGCACAAGAAUCCGGUUUGCGGCACCGACGGACGCACCUACAACACCGAGUGCCAGCUGCGCAAGCGCGCCUGCCGCACAAGCAACGCCCAACUGGAGGUCGCCUAUCGGGGCCACUGCAAGAGCAGCUGUAGGGGAGUCCAGUGCUUGAAUGGACUAACUUGCGUGGAGGAUCAGUACUUGACACCGCACUGCAUUCCCUGCAAAAUCGAGUGUCCCUGGGAGGAGGAGGAUGAUGCACACGCUCCAGAUGCGAAGCAGGCAGUGUGCGGUGUCGACGGCAAUACAUACAGGAGCGUCUGUGAUAUAAAUCGAAUGAUUUGCAAAAUUGGACGUUCCAUCGCCGUGGCAUAUUCGGGACCCUGUCGUGCGGACCGCGUGGGCUGCGCGGACAUCGUAUGUGGCCCGAAGGAUACUUGCUUGGUGGAUCUGCAGACGCGCCUGCCGCGCUGCGUGUCCUGUCGGUACAAUUGCCCGCGGAAGCAGCAGCGACCGGUGCACAAAAUAUGCGGAUUCGACAACCACACAUACAACUCGUGGUGCGAGGUACAUCAGCACUCCUGCACCACCGGGUUCUUCAUAGGUAUCAAGUCCGCGGGGAGCUGUUAGAGGAGAGCUACGAAACAUCUUCAUAUUAAUAUCAUUAGCAAAUGACUUAGAAGGCGUUAUGAGGGGACGUAGAUGUCGCGCAUUUCUGCGCUGUGUACUGUUCCACAGUUGCAGCAUCCAAAGAUUCUCGUUGAGCGUUUCGUGUUGUAAGCGGUGGAUGGCCUAAGGUGGUUGGCAAACUGUCCACCAAAUAAUAUCGAAUACACAUUCAUAUGGCCGCGGUAUUAAGUAUUAUCAACCAUACAACAUUAUUGCAACCUAUUGCAAGCUCUCUUAUCCAACGUAUUGCAAGAGAAACCACAUAUCUUAAGAGGCUUUCGUAUUUAACAUUAACAUAGGCAACCCAAUAAUUAAUUUAAACGAUUGAUUUUCGUGCGCAAUUCACUCGCAUUUAGCUUAGCCACACACCACACCGUAUGUAGCCGACCGAUGUCAUAUUUAUUUAACAUUACAAUUUUCUACUUUUUUAGAUCGAAGCUAAAUUAAUUAAUUGACUGAUAGCUUAACCGUAUAGAAAGAUUUUUAAUUAAUACUA